GUAUCCUGGCUGUGUAGGUGAAGAAGACAGAUCUAUCAUCCUCCCGCCCUGGGGCAAAUGCCAGACCUGCCUCUGCAUGCUGCUGUUGAGCUGCUCCCUGUGGGUGCAGCAGUGCUCGCUGCCUGUGUGUUUGGGUAAAUGCUGCCAUGAAGAAGCUGUGGGAGAGCUCUGGAGGACAUGGCUUGAGCCUGACGUCAGGAGGAACAGCUUUGGCCAGCUACAAGUCCUCCUUCCCUUUGUUGGGGGAAGAAGGGUUCAUCUCUGGGGCUGGAUCAUCCAUGGGUAGCUCCUGCCUCCUCCACAGUGGGAAGCACCUGAGCUGGGCAAACACUUAUGCUGGAGAGCACUGGGCUAUAAAGGGCAGCUCCUCUCCUGGGAACUCAGCAGAAGCCGUUAUUCCUCCCCAUCUCCGGACAGCAGGUGCAGGCAGCAUCCCCUGUCCCCAGGAGACCCAGUGUGACCCCCAGGCCCUUGCAGGAGACACAUCGAGGAGCGAGGAGGAUGGUGGCAGUGGCCAGACUUGCUCUCCUGCUACUGGGCUGUGUGGGGCUCCUGCAGCCGGCCGGUGCCAGGUCCAUAGGCUAUUGUCCCAAGGGCUGGUCCUACCUCAGGCGCAGCUGUUUCAGGUACUUCCAUCAGCCUCAGAGCUGGGAUGAGGCCGAGAGGCAGUGCCAGGCCAGCCAUGCUGGUGCCCACCUGGUCUGGGUGGAGGGGCCCUGGGAGGCAGCCACCCUGCAGAAGGUCAUCUCCUACUACCAACGUGCCCAGUCUGUCUGGCUCGGCCUCCACUACAGGCAGGAGAGCCAGUCCUGGCAGUGGGUGAGUGGAGACAAGUACAGUGCCACCAGUGGGCUGGCCAGGAACGGUGCCCACGAGGGAAACUGCGGGAUGCUGACACACAGCAGUGGCUUCACUCUGUGGUCCAGUGCCAACUGCGCCCAGCAGCAUCACUACAUCUGCAGGUUCACUCCCUCAGCCUGAGCACGGGCCACUGGGGGAUUUCAGGGAGGACCCCACGCAGGCGAUGCUCCUUCCUUGGCACCUCUACUCCUCUCUCCCCAGCCCCUAAAAAUACAUCUAUAAAAAAAUGAAGCAUGCCA